UUAUGUAUCUGUGUGUGUGUGAGAAUUUGUUGAGUUUUUUUUAUUUUUUAUUUUUUAUAUAUUAUUCCUCUUAAUUUGGUCCUGGUGUAUUACUCCGAAAAAUAGAAAAAUAAAAAACGGUUUUUCUUUAUAACUGUGGAUAAUAUUGUGGCAUUUAAUAAAAUAAUAAAAUUUGGUAUUUAAAUAAAUCAACAAAAUGAGUGAACUUUCAGCAGCUGAUGAACUGGAUGAGCAAUAUCAAAAACAAUAUCUUAAUUUUUUAUUUGAAAAAUCAUCAUUACCUGAAUUUAAAAAUCUAAAAACACUUGAAGAUUAUUUUUAUUACAGUUUAAAUAGUCUUAUUGAAGAAAAAAUAACAUUUGAAAGACUUGAAAAUGGUAUACCUAAAAUUAAAAAUAAUACUGAUGCAUUGAUGUAUCGUAAUUCAAGUUUUGAUAAAUAUAAAUUACCAGAAACUCGUGAUCUUGAUGAAAUACUUGAAGAUUGUACAAAAAGUAUUGCUUAUGCUGAACAAAAUACUAAUGAAUUUAUUCUAUGCUAUAUGAAUCGUUCAUCAGCAUUAUUAAAAUCCCAUUUAUAUGAUGAUUGUCUCAAUGAUAUUAAUUAUAUUUUCAAAAAUAUAAACAUAAAUGAUUCACAAAAAGUAAAAUUACUUGUUAAAAAAUCACAAUGCUAUGAAAUACUUAAAUAUCCAAAAAAUGAUGUUGAUUAUUUAAAAAAUGAAAUAAAAAUGAUGAUAACUAAAUUAAAAAUAAAUGAUAAAAAUAAAAUAAAUGCAUUAGAAUAUUUAAAUAAUGCAACAAAUAAUAUAAAUAAAAAACCAUUUAAAAAAAUUUUAGUUAAUGAAAAUGAAGCAAGUAUAUUAAAUGAGAAUGAUAAAAUAAUUGGUGCAAGUGAUUCAAUUAAAAUUAGCUAUUCAAAUGAAUAUGGUAGACAUAUUAUUGCAACAAGAGAUAUUAAACCAGGUGAAGCAAUAUUAUUACAUAAACCAUAUGCAAGUUAUCUUGUUGAAAAUGGAAUUUAUCAAUUUUGUUCAUACUGCAUGAAACAAACAUGGUCAUCAGUACCAUGUAAUCACUGUGUUCAUACUGUUUAUUGUACAGAUAAAUGUCGUGAUUUAGCUUGGUCUGAGUAUCAUGAUAUUGAAUGUAAACUUAUUGGAGUUUCAAGUGAAUGGGGACUUGGUGAAAGACCAAUGCUUGCAUUAAAAAUGACAAUAUUAGCUAUAAGAGAAGCUAAAAGUAUUGAAAGCUUAGAAAAAAAAUUAAUUAAACUUGAUAAAAUAAUUGAUCCACUUGAAAAAGGCUUGACAAAUGGAAUAUUUGAUUCAUCAAAAUAUACAAGUGUUUAUUCAUUAUUAACAGACAUUGAUAAAAAACGUUCUGAUCAAAUAUUUCAUUAUUCAAAUGUUGCUGUUAUACUUGUUUAUUUACUUGGUACAAGAACAAAUUUUUUAGGCCCAAAAAUAGAAAAAAAAUGCAAAGAUAUAUAUAAUAUUAAAAAUUUAACAUUCAUUGGUAAAUUAUUAUUACAAAAUUGUUUAAUUGUCAAAACAAAUGCAUGCUCAAUUGGUGAUUAUGAAAAUGAAUUAGAUUUUGAUGAACGUUCAAUUGGAAUAUUACCAAGUCUGGCGAUAUUUAAUCAUGGAUGUUUUUGUAAAACAUCAAGAUAUGAAUUUAAUGGUAAAAUAUCAUUACAAUCAACAUGUACCAUUGAAAAAGGUGAACAAGUAUAUGUUAAUUAUGGACAAACAUUUGAAUCAUCACCAUCAUGUCAACGUAAACAAUCAAUUGAAUUAAAAUAUAAUUUUAAUUGUAAAUGUAAUGCUUGUGAUGAUAAUUGGCCAGCUGAUUUAUCAACAUUACCAGUUAUGUCAAUACCUGAUGUUAUUGCUAAAAAACUCAUUGAUGUUUAUAAACUAUAUCAUACCGAGUUAAGAGCUGAUGAUGAUGAUGAUAGUGCUAUUUAUUUUGAUGACACUAUUGAUCGUAUGAAUAUUAAAAAACAACUUGUUGAUGUCAUUGAAGAACUUUAUCCACAUGUUCGUCAUCCAUCACCAGAUUUAAUAACAUUUAUGGAAAUGCUUACAACUAUUUUAGGAUCAAGAUCCACUCGUUGGCAAACACUUAAUUAGUUUUUAAACAAAUUACUUUUAUUUACAACAAAAAACAACAUUUAUUUACAUUUUUUUUUUUUUUUCUUUUAAUUUUAGAUAUAAAUAAUCUUGUACACCGAAAAUAUUUAUAACAUUUUAAACAGGUUUUUUAAACUUAGAAUAAAAAUACAUUUAAAAAUAAAAA